AUGUACCUCAUGAAAAUUUCUGAGUCCACAGAUCUUAAGUGCUUUAUUAAGUUUACAGAAAGCUCUGCAGAAGAUACACCCAUGUGGCAUGGUUACUUGUACGCAGCUCUGAUGUUCAUUUGCGCUCAAAUACAGUCACUGUGCUUAGGCCAGUAUUUCAUGAGAAUGUUUCUAGUUGGUCUAAGAAUGAGAACAGCGAUUAUAUCUGCUGUGUAUACUAAGGCUAUGAGAAUAUCAAAUUCAGCAAAGAAAAAGUCAACUACAGGAGAAAUAGUCAACUUGAUGUCUGUAGAUGCACAGCGGUUUAUGGACAUCACAACUUACAUCAACAUGUUAUGGUCUGCACCACUGCAGAUUGGCCUUGCUUUGUAUUUCUUGUGGGAACUGUUAGGGCCCUCAGUUCUUGCAGGACUUGCCGUUAUGAUCAUUGUCAUACCCAUAAAUGGAGUGAUUGCCAAAAAAACAAAGGACCUUCAGUUGAAGCAAAUGAAAAAUAAAGAUCAUAGAGUAAAGCUCAUGAAUGAAAUUCUCAAUGGAAUAAAGUUGUUUUCUUCGUAUUGCAGGUUUUUAAAGCUUUAUGCUUGGGAACAAUCAUUUGAAGAACAGGUGCUUCAGGUUCGAGGUAAAGAAAUAAAAGUUUUGAAACAAAUGGCUUAUCUUACUGCUGGCACAUCUUUUAUUUGGACCUGCACACCUUUCUUGGUAUCAUUGGCUACAUUUGCAACCUAUGUCAGUAUCUCUGAUGAACAUGUGUUGGAUGCAAAAACUGCUUUUGUUUCCUUGUCGUUAUUUAACUUGUUAAGGUUUCCUAUUGCUAUGUUACCUAUGCUCAUCUCAAGUUUAGUUCAGGCUAGUGUGUCGCUGAAGAGGAUGAAUAAAUUCAUGAAUGUGGAUGAACUUGAUCCAAACAGUGUUAUUCAUGAUACCCAAGAAAGCAGGCCUAUUGUGGUUGAGAAUGGUACCUUUGCAUGGGGACAUGAUGAGGAUGAUAGUAAGCCAGUGCUCAAAGGAAUCAACCUCUCUGUUAAUGAUGGCUCAUUAGUAGCUGUUGUUGGAAAUGUGGGUGCUGGAAAAUCCUCACUCUGCUCUGCUAUUCUUGGGGAAAUGGAAAAGCAGUCUGGCAGAGUAAAUGUCAAAGGCAAAAUUGCUUAUGUUUCACAACAAGCUUGGAUUCAGAAUGCCACCCUGGAGAACAAUAUUCUUUUCAACCAGAGUAAGGAUAAUAGCAAAUACGAAAUGUGUAUUAAGUCAUGUGCAUUAAGAGCAGAUCUUGAAAUGCUUCCAGCUGGUGAUCAGACAGAAAUCGGUGAAAAAGGUAUAAAUCUAAGUGGUGGGCAGAAGCAACGCAUUAGUCUUGCACGUGCUGUUUAUAGUGAUGCAGACAUUUAUCUGCUUGACGAUCCAUUGAGUGCUGUUGACUCACAUGUUGGAAACACAUCUUUGAACACGUAA